CUCUCCCCUCUCCGCUCUCCACUGUCGGGAUUACCGUUUCCUCUCCGCCGGACCACAGCUGCUCUCUGAAUGAAGCGAGCUUCUUCUCCGUGAUUUCUUCGCCAUGAGCUGCCUGGAUGUGAUGUACAAAGUGUUUGGUCCUCAGCCUUAUUUCUCCUCCUACAGCCCCUAUCACCACCAGAAACUGGCCUUGUAUAGCAAAAUGCAAGACCCCCAGGACAGCGGCAGCCGGCUGGGCCCCGCGGGCCAUCCGGCCAUCAAGGAGGAGGACAAGGAGCUCCCGCCGGGAGCCGAGUACCUGAACUCCCGCUGCGUCCUCUUCACUUACUUCCAGGGAGACAUCAGCGCCGUGGUGGACGAGCACUUCAGCCGAGCCCUCAGCCACACGACUGUGUACCCUGCCUCAGGCAGCCACAAGGCCGUAAGAGAUGGAGGAUCAUUCCCAAUGUGCCAGAGAAGUUUCCCUCCGUCUUUCUGGAACAGCUCCUACCAGCCGUCGGUCUCCUCCGCAUUGGGCAGCGCUCUGUCGGCUCCCCACACAGAGCUCCCGUUCCCCGGGGACCCGUACUCCUCCGCCUCCUUGCACAGCCACCUCCACCAGCCCAGUCCGGACUCCUGGCACCCGUCCCAUCACCACCACCAUCACCACCACCAUCCGUACUCACUAGGAGGCGCUAUAGGCAGCCAGGGCUCGGCGUACCCACGUCCGGGGGUCCACGAGAUGUACGGCACAGCGUUCGACCCGCGGUACGGCUCUCUGCUGGUGCCGUCAGUGAGGCCCCAUCACCGCCUGGCGUCCGGCAGCUCGGUACCGGGGCCCAGCGCUUCGCCCUGUGACCUGGGAGGGAAGGGGGAGUCUGGGACCAGCUCGGCCUGGAGCGGCGCCUUCACCGGAGCUGGAGCAGAGAUCGGACUCAAUAUGGACACAGCUCGGUGUUACGGAGGCCUGUGCAGCAGCAGCAGCAGCAGCAGCGCAGCCCUGUUGAGCUGAGAGACAACAGUGUGGAUACAAAACCAGCGGGGGAAACAAAAGUGGACUCGCGUAGGAGAGCCAGAGAAUCUGAACUUGACGGGUGUGGACAAAGACGAGACUCUUUGUGCUUCUCUAACAGGCAGGGACAACAUUCCUAAACUGGAAACAAGUCUGGAGGACAGACAGACAGACAGAAACACGUGUCGUCAAACUCCAAGGACGAGCGCUUGAAGACUUGGCAGGACUUGCCUCACUGGGACAACUGGGCAACAGACACUGGGGAGCGUGGUGGCUGGAGGAAAGGCCGUGUUUGUGUGGAGGAGGCCGCACAGCAAGAAUUUUGGCCGCCUGCGAAGGCGGAGGAGUCCAAACACGUUGGUUUACAUGGAGUAUUGGUUCAAUGUCAACUGAAAAACACUCAGUAUUUUGUGGCACUGUAAAAGUUAAAUUAAACAGUUUUGACUGAUAACA